GCCACUUUGAGCCAUUUACAGAGCUAGAUAUGCUUCUGUGUCCCCUUCCGAAAAUGUUCCUCCAGACAGGUCCCUUUUGGGAAAAGGGCCACUCUAAUUGUGACAAUAGCCAAGCACACAGUGACAACAGUAUCAGAGUCGUUUUCACUCAAAACUGGGACUGGGAAUCAGCAUACAUGAAGCUCUGAGAGCAGUGAAAUUGCAGCUCCAGGUUUAAAACAAAAUGAUGAUUUUAAUCCCGUAAAUUUCACAAAGCUCUUACACACCACCCCUGAUUCCAGACAGAGCACAACUUCCAAGUUGUCCCACUUGAAAAUGUCCUUGUAAGAUUUUCACUUUGGCCUUUGUGUCCGAGGGAGAAUUUCCCAUCCUUAAAGGGACCUGUAGAGACGCUGAGGCCCUGCUCCAACGACCUAGGCAAGUUAAUCAUUUUUUUCAGCACUUAGUUUUAAGUGGUGUGAAACUGACUAAGAAAGAGGGACAGACACUCACAUGUUUGUUAGGCGUAAGAAGAGGCGCCACUAUUUUAUUUCUCACAUUUUGAAAGAAAUGUUGAGGGAGAUGAGGAACCACAGCACUGUCCUGGAGUUCAUCCUCCUCGGGCUGCCUGGUGACGCCCAGACGCAGGCUCUUCUCUUCAUGCUCUUCCUGGUGAUUUACCUUCUGACCCUCGUGGGGAACCUGCUGCUGCUGCUGGCAGUCAAGACUGACUCCCACCUCCACACGCCCAUGUACUUCUUCCUGGGACAACUGUCCUUCCUGGACCUCUGUCACUCAUCUGUCACAGUGCCCAAGCUGUUGGAGAACCUCCUCUCUGUGAAGAAGAGCAUCUCGGUGGAGGGCUGCCUGGCUCAGGUCUUCUUCGUGUUCGCCACUGGAGGUACCGAGUCCUGCCUACUGGCAGCCAUGGCCUACGACCGCUAUGUGGCCAUCAGCUCGCCUCUGCUCUACAGCCAAGUGAUGAGCAGACAGCUGUGUGCGGGGCUGGUGUGGGGCUCUUGGGGCCUGGCCUUUCUGGAUGCUCUCAUCAAUAUCCUCGUGGCUCUGAAUUUAGAUUUCUGUGAGGCGCAGAAUAUCCACCACUUCCUCUGCGAGCUGCCCUCUCUCUACCCCUUAUCUUGCUCCGACGUGUCCACCAGCUUCACCACCCUCCUCUGCUCCAGCUUCAUCCACUUCUUUGGGAACUUCCUCUUCAUUCUCUUCUCAUACAUUCGCAUCCUGCUCACCAUCCUGGGCAUCAGCUCCACCUCCGGGAGAAGCAAGGCCUUUUCUACCUGUUCGUCCCACCUCACGGCAGUGAGCUUCUUUUAUGGCUCAGGGUUACUCCGCUAUCUCAUGCCAAAUUCAGGAUCCGUUCAAGAGCUGAUCUUCUCUUUGCAGUACAGCGUCAUCACCCCCAUGCUGAACCCCCUCAUCUACAGCCUGAAGAACAAGGAGGUGAAGGCGGCUGUCAGACGGAUGCUAAGAAAAUAUUUGUAGUGUUUCAAAGAAUGGGUUAAAAACCGGAGUGAGGGGGAAGUGGGUAGAACUCUGUUCAACAGUGCCUGGACGCCGAGAGUGCCUGGAGAGCUUCGUCUGUACAAAUCCUCACCUCUUUUUCUCGAAGGGACUUCAAAGGUGGAGAGUGACUUUCUUGGGAUGGCCCCAGUUUGGCCAUACUCAGAGGAUAAGACAAACAAUUUCUCUUGUGAAGUACUGUAUUUAGUCAUUAUACACAGCCUGGUAGACACUGUUGUCUUCUUCUCAGUCUGUCUUCCUCAUUCUUCCAGAAACUAGACUACUUGUUCAGAGUGGCUUCAGGGAGACCAUUCAUCAUGGUGUCUCAAAGUCCUUCCCCAACCCUGGUGGGUAUUUACUCCUUUGAUCGGGGGGUAGUAGAGAAGAGAGCAAAGAGCCAAUGGUAGAUCAUUCCCUCUAAGAGGAAUUUGAAACUUGAGGAGAGAUUGUAGGACGAAAUGAUCUGUCUUUCACCUGCAGCCAAUGUGUGCAAGAUCACUGGAGUUUUCCCAGACUUUCUUUUCCAAAGGCCAGAAACACAAAUACGAAUAUCACAUUAUGUCAUAUACUAUUUACAUACACCACCCCAUUUAAACAAACACAACAAAUGCAUUGAAUGAAUAUUUCAGCUAUCCCUACUCUAAAGAAGAGAAAACUGUCUCAGAGAGGUAAGUGAUAGGGUUGGAAUUUUGAGCCAAAUGGACCAAAACCUGCUUUCAUUACCAUAUUGAUAAUGGAUUCUUCCUGCGAUCCUGGACUCAAUUAAUGAAUUGUAAUCUCCAUGUCCAUCACAUUUUUCUAUUAUUUUAAGUGGGGAUUAGAUUUUGUCAUUUUCAAAAAAAGAAUUUAAAAGCUACAUGGGUACCACAAUAGACAUAUACACAUAGACAUCUGAGGACAGUUGGGACAUCUGAAGUUGCUUCUGGAACCAGCCAUGUCCACAGACUACAGUUAACCCACCUACUUUAGGUUAUUUGCUCAGUGGUCAAACAACCCUAUCCAUGAGGGGACUGAUGAUGAGAAACUAUUCACUUUGCUAGACAAGCAUCUCUGUCAAUCAGCCCGCAUGGUGUCAAAGUGUCACACUGUGAGAUUGUCAAUGACCCAGUAGGUGAUGGGCAGUAUCUGUGGCAUAAACCCAGAAGAAAGUGACAGAAUUUUAGGAAAGAUGCCUUAGAUUGUGUACUAUUAACUAUAACAGUUCGGAGAGUUGUAUAGAUUAAAUUAUUGUGGCCAAAAAUGAUUUCUUUCUGAAAUUGCUUUUUUUGUUGUUUUGACUUAUUUACAAGCUGUCAGUCGUUACCUUCUCCACCCCCAGCAGCAAAGAACAUAAAUUCCAAUAGAAUAAAAGAAAAGGACACAUACACACAAAUACACAAAGAGAAGGGAGGGA